UCUCUGCUGCAGCUGAUGAACGUGUUGUUUAUGAAAAGGCGUAGAGGGAUCCGACCGCUGCUCUCUGCGUCAGUGCGUUUUAUUGACUGGUACCUGAACAGGAGGCCUCGACACAAGGAAGCACUGUGGUAUCAGCAUCUGCCGCCAUGUCUGUGAGUGAGACCGCAACAAACUUUUCUGAAAAGGAUUGUGCAGAUGCUUUGGCUUUGGAGCUCACUUGCCCCAUCUGCUUGCAGCUCUUCUCCGAGCCAGUUUCACUUCCCUGUGGUCACAUCUACUGCUUAGCCUGCCUUCAGACCAUGGGAGAGGGCCUUGACCAACACAGCUGCCCAGAGUGCCAGGCAGAGUACCAUGGAAGCCAAGCACUUGUAAAAAGUUUCAAAAUGUGCAACAUCGUAGAGACCUACAAAGCCACUGCAGGGAAAGUCAGCCCCACUGCCCCAUCUGAUGUCGACCAUGUAACAGUCGAGAGUGCUGGAGGGUCUGUUACAGAAGAAUCAAACACAAAAUACCACCUGGACACAGCAACAGAUGGAGUGGAGUGGGAGGAGAGCUCAGGGUGUAAGGGAAAGAGUGGCUUUGGGCCUGAACAAUCCUUUUCUUUGGAUCAAGAUCAAAGCAACAACAAGCUGGAAAUGGAUGAACCUAAAUUCACACUGGCAUCUCAAGUCAAAGAUUUGAGCCUCAAGUUGGAGAUGGCAGAGGAUGUACUGAGGAAAGAGAAGGAACAAGAACUAGAGCUGAUCGCCACUAAUGGUUGGCUGAGAGAGAAAGCAUCCAAACUUUUAGGGCAGAUAAAAGAUUUGUCACAGAGCUACAGCGCGCAGGUGAUGCAGCUGAUUGAAGAAGAGCUAGGUCCAGGUGAGGCCAGUAUGAGCAGUCGAGUCAGUCAAGCUUCUGAGCUGCCUGAGCAGCUGAGACAAGCUAUGCUCAGAGCCGAGUCCCUUCUGACCGAAGAGGAUGCGACCGAAUUCCAUGGGGAGCUUCAGACUCUACAACCACGUAUUGCAGAGUUGAUGGCCAAGCCUGUGAGAGAAGAAGACCACGUCGAAUCAAAAGCCAACACAGCGCGAGCCUGUCCCAAGCUGGAAGAAAUGAACACCGAGCUAAGGGAAAGAUUUGUAAAGAUUCAGCGCUCCCUUCGAAACGCCCUCAACCCAUCAGAGGUGACCUUUGACCCAGACACAGCCCAUCCCAAUCUCGUCCUCUCAGAGGACUUGAAGACGGUGACUUUCAGCGCUGCCAAACAGCCCUACCCAUCAUCCCCUCUGAGGUUCACCAGCUUCUUCCAGGUCCUCAGCACCCAGAGCUUCUGUGAAGGUGAUCAUUGCUGGGAGGUGGAGCUCGAAGGCUCUCCGUGGAUCAUUGGCGUGUGCUACAGUGGGAAGCUAGCACGCAGCGGGUUGCCCUCUGCCCUGGAAAGCAGUCAGAGCUCCUGGUGUCUGAUGUGGUUCAACAAUAUGCUGACAGCCUUUGAGCAAAGCUGUGAGGUGCCGCUGAAGAAGACCAAAGUGUCCUGCAGGCUUGAGAUCAGACUGAGUUUCAAGGCCAACAGGCUGAGCUUCUACAACAUCAGCCCCAUCAGCGGGAAGACUCAUGUGUACACAUUUAAGGCUGACCUGACCGAACCAGUGCACCUGGCCUACAGGAUGAUGUCAGGGCACCCCAAAGCACGUGUCUCUAUUUUUUCAUAGUCAUAACUACAUUUCUGUUAAAUAUGUAUUCUUAGCCAAGUGUGUAAUAAUAUAAUAUUUGUAAAACCUAAUUUGAGACUUGAGAUUUGUGUGAUUAAAGAAUCAAAGGUCGUUUGUUGUGUUAUGAAGAGGACACACUCCUUCCUCGGGCAACAUGAGGAAAGAGUUGCAUGCAGUGCUCAAAAUUAUGUGUCAAUAAAUGUGAUUAUUUUGUCAUUAUCCCUUUUUUUUAACUUUUGUAAUGGGUGGGAUGCAAAAGUUAAAACAGAGGCAUAAACACUGAAAAAUAUUGUGUUUAAGAUUUGUCUAU